UAGUGCCCGGCUGCCAGCCUAGCGACCGCCGUGUGUGCUCCGGCAUCCAAUCCCAAGCCCGCGCCGCUCGCCCAGCCCAGAUACACCCCCAUUCGCAGCGGCGAGCAGCGGCCGCCGCUCUCCUCUCUCCUUCACCGCCCCACCGGCUCGCCAGGCCUCGUCCGUAGAAAGCGGCUGAGCUCGGCUUGCAGCGGGAAGCACACGCCAAGCGAAUCAAUCCCCGUCCUCCUCCGCAGCUCCGCUUAUCCGAGCUGAGGGCCGUCAGGUUGACCACGCUGAGGAGACACUUGGGGAUUUUCAGAGAUGGUAUGUCCCAAAGUUUCUUGGGGAUGCCUUCUUCUACUGCUCUGUUUUUCUUGGAUGGGAGAUGCAGAGCACAUGAAGUACAAGGAUCCAAAGCAGCCUGUCAAUACCAGAAUCAAGGAUCUAAUUGGUAGAAUGACUCUUGCUGAAAAGAUUGGCCAGAUGACACAGAUUGAGCGUUCGGUUGCAUCUGCAGACAUCAUGAAAAAUUACUUCAUAGGUAGCAUCUUAAGUGGUGGUGGGAGUGUCCCUGCUCCUCAGGCGACACCUGCAAUGUGGGUCAACAUGGUAAAUGAAUUCCAGAAAGGUGCCUUGGCAACACGUCUGGGAAUUCCUAUGAUUUAUGGGAUUGAUGCUGUUCAUGGUAAUAACAACGUCUACAACGCCACCAUAUUCCCUCACAACGUUGGGCUUGGAGCUACAAGGGAUCCUGACCUAGUAAAGAGGAUUGGUGAAGCAACUGCUCUUGAAGUACGCGCAACAGGCAUCCCAUAUACCUUUGCUCCAUGCAUUGCAGUUUGCAGAGAUCCAAGAUGGGGUCGAUGCUAUGAGAGCUACAGUGAAGACCAUAAGAUUGUUCAACAGAUGACAGAUAUUAUCCUUGGUCUGCAAGGAGAGAUCCCAGUGAAUCAUACCAAAGGAGUUCCUUAUGUUGCCAAGAAUAAAGUUGCUGCUUGUGCUAAACACUUCGUUGGUGAUGGUGGAACUCAUAAUGGAAUCAAUGAGAACAACACGAUCAUUGACGAGCACGGACUGCUAGGCAUUCACAUGCCACCAUAUUAUGACUCCAUUAUCAAGGGUGUCGCUACUGUUAUGGUUUCAUAUUCAAGCGUUAAUGGCGCAAAAAUGCAUGCCAAUCAUGAUCUAGUUACUGGCUACUUGAAAUCCAAACUGCGCUUCAGAGGUUUUGUGAUAUCUGACUGGCUAGGAAUAGACCGGAUAACCUCACCAGCUGGUGCAAACUAUACUUACUCUGUGCAAGCUGGAAUAAAUGCUGGUAUUGAUAUGGUUAUGGUCCCUUUCAAUUACACCGAGUUCAUUGAGGAUGCAACAUCUCUUGUUAACAAGAGUAUCAUCAGUAUGAGCAGAAUUGAUGAUGCCGUGAGUCGCAUCCUUCGAGUGAAAUUUACAAUGGGCCUCUUCGACAACCCUUUAGCUGAUCUUAGCUUUGCGGAUCAACUUGGAAAGAAGGAGCACAGGGAAUUGGCUAGAGAAGCUGUCAGGAAAUCACUUGUUCUAUUAAAAAAUGGCAACACUCCUAAUCAACAAUUCCUGCCUCUCCCAAAGAAAGCUAGCAAGAUCCUCGUAGCUGGAAGUCAUGCUAGCAAUUUAGGCUACCAGUGUGGUGGAUGGUCAAUUCAAUGGAUGGGGGGAAGUGGAGAUAUUACAGCUGGAACAACAAUCCUUGAUGCCAUAAAGUCCACCGUUGGUGAUGCAACACCCGUAGUCUACUCUGAGAACCCUGAUGACAGCUUCAUGAAGAAAAACGACUUCUCCUUUGCUAUUGUUGUUGUUGGCGAGACACCAUAUGCGGAAACAGUAGGCGAUAACACUGAUCUGACUAUCCUAGACCCUGGUCCAGACACGAUCCGAACCGUCUGCUCGGCAGUUAAAUGUGUGGUGGUUAUCGUCUCUGGACGGCCUGUCGUCAUUGAACCAUAUCUUCCCCUGAUGGAAGCGCUUGUUGCCGCCUGGCUUCCUGGCACAGAAGGGCAGGGUGUCGCUGAUGUCCUAUUUGGGGACUACAGCUUCACCGGAAAGCUUUCGCGCACUUGGUUCAAGUCUGUAGACCAGCUGCCCAUGAAUUUUGGAGACCCACACUAUGAUCCGCUCUUCCCUUUCGGCUUCGGUUUGGCAAUAAAUUCAUCGCAGCCAGGGUUCUCGGGCACCAGAAGUCGCGGAGAUAAGAAGGAAAUAACGGUAUGGGCCGCGUUGAGUUUGCUACUGUCAUUGAUGCUAGCUUGGGCAUAGGUGUAUUUCGCCAUCAAGCUGCUCUUUUGUAGCAGUAGCAUGAUCAAUCGACCCCCUUGCUAGUGAUCCUUAGUCCACAUGGAUAUUGUUCCCUGCAGCAUAUGGCGUUAUGCUAACCCAGGUCAUCGGCCAGUAGAUUUGUUGUUUCAUCAGAUUAUGUUUGGUUGAUGCCUUGUAUUUGUUUUUAUUUAAUCUAGUGAGGACAAAGUAGUAGUAAGAUUAGUUAGAAUAUGCAAGUCCUGUUGGAUAAUGAAUUACAGGAGUACUACAUUCAACUUCGAAUUGAA